GCGGAGCGGCGGGCGGCAUGGGGGCCGGGGCGCUGGCCGUACGCCAAAACAAGUCGGCGGCGAGAUUGAAGGAGGACAUGAAAAAGAUAGUUGUGUCUCCACUGAACAAGCAGAGGGACACAAGCUGUCCAAAGGUGUUUGGUGUGAGUCUUCUGGAGCUCCAGAAGCAGGGAUUGAGCAAAAAUGGAAUCCCGAUAGUUGUGUGGAAUAUAGUGGAAUACCUCACCCAGCAUGGUAUGACACAGGAAGGUCUCUUCAGAGUGAAUGGCAGCAUGAAAAUGGUGGAGCAGCUGCGUCUGCAGUACGAGCGUGGGGAAGAGGUGGAACUCGUGAAAGAUGGUGAUGUGUACUCAGCAGCCAGCCUGCUGAAACUGUUUUUGAGAGAGUUGCCAGAUGGAAUUAUCACAUCUGCCUUACAUCCCAGGUUCAUUCAGCUUUACCAGGACUCUAGAAACGACAUGCAGAAGGAAAGUUACUUGAAAGAACUCCUUAAAGAACUGCCUGAUGCUCAUUACUGCUUACUGAAGUACCUGUGCCAGUUCCUGAUAAAGGUUGCUGAACAUCACGUAGAGAACAGAAUGAAUCUUUGCAAUCUUGCCACUAUAUUUGGACCAAACUGCUUUCAUGUGCCCUCUGGAUUUGAAGGGAUAAAGGAACAGGAGAUCUGCAACAAGAUUAUGACAAAAAUGCUGGAAAAUUACAAUACCUUGUUUGAAUUAGAAGGCUUGAAGAAGGAUGAAGAAAAGCUUGUAUGCGAAGAGUUAGCAAAAAUAAUUUUGGUAAAAGAGCUUCUGACACCUCACAAGGAGAUGAAACAUCCUUAUGAUGCAGCCAGUUAGUUACAAGGAAUCUUGUUGCUGGUAUUGUCUGGGAUGAUGUCACUUGGCUG